UUGUGUGUAUGUAAUUUUGUUUUUGUUCCGGUCAGUUCGGGUCUCGGUUCUCUGGGUCAGCAGCUCCGGUAACUCUGCCCCUGAUUCGGUUCUGUAACAGUUGACUCAGCUCCAGUAUCUCCUUCAUGGAGGACCCGUGAGGUUCGGCCCGGACCGGAGCAGAACUUUCUGCGGGUGUGACAUCACAGCGUGAUGCGUCCCGAUGGAGGAGGCGGAGCCAAGCCGCUACGUGACCCAGCUGAGGGCGGAGUUUGACAGCUGCGACUCGACGGCGACGGGUUUCCUGGACCGGGAGGAGCUGACCGAGCUGAGCAGGAAGCUGCAGCUGGACGCACAUCUGCCACUGUUGCUGGACAUGCUGCUUGGGGAGCGGCCCCACGGCAGGGUGAACUUUGAGGAGUUUAAGAACGGCUUGGUGGUGGUUCUGUCCCACUCUCUGGACUUCAGCACCUCAGAGGAUGACAGCAGCUACCUGGUGCCAGCCGUCCCUCAGGAGGUGAAGCCAAAGUUUGUGAAGGGAGCAAAGCGUUAUGGCCGCCGCUCUCGACCCGAAACCCAGUCCAGUACCAGCCUGGACUCGACCCCGACCAGAACCAAACCCAUGGACCUGAACUUGGACUCGUCCCCGCCUGGUGUCCACAGGGCCAAACUGAGACGGUCCACAUCUCUGGAGAGCGUGGAGAGCCUGAAAUCUGAUGAAGAGACAGGAAGCAGCAGGUUGGACCAGCAGCUCUUUCACAAUAAAGCAGAUCAGCAGCAGGACGCAGGAGGAUGUGAUGUGGCUGCAGUGUGUGAUCACCUGGACCUGCAGGAAGCUCUGCUCCAGCGAUUAGAUGCUAACCGAGAUGCUAACCUGGACGCUAACCGGGAUGGACGGGUUACCAUCAGGAAGGUUCUGUGGAGCUCCACCCCCACGCUAAGCUCCACCCCCAUCCGGUCAGCUGACCUGCAGAGGGCGCCACUCUGGAACCAGCAGCUGGUACCGGACGGCUCGGCCCGCUCCCUGCUCACAGCCACUGUGGGCCCCAGGGUUCUGACCCGGCUGGACGACGGGUCUGGCAGCACCAGCCCGGAGCGCGUGGCGGCGCUGUGGGCCGAGGCGGGCAUCAGGAACAGCCAGCAGAUCCUGCAGAGCCUGGACUUCCCCCUGGAGGAGCGGCUCAGCCUAUCGGACCUGACCCUGGUUCUGGACAACGAGCUGCUGCUGAGCGCCAACUCUGUCCACCAGGCGGCGCUCAUCUCCUACAGGACCGAGAUCCAACAUCUGCAGGAGGCGUUGGAGCAGGCCAGCAGAGAGCGGGACAAGCUGAGGUCCGAUCUGGACCGGGCCGACCAGCAGAACCUGCAGCUUGUUCGGGAGGCGGACGACUGGCACGCCAGCAUGGAGGCGCUCAACCAGAACCGGAUCAGGGAUCUGGAGUCGGACUUCAGGCGCCGAGCUGCGGCGCUGCGCCUGCAGGCGGAGCAGGAGAACGAGGCGCUGCUGCAGCAGGGCGAGCGAGAGCGCAGCACGCUGCGGCAGGAGCUGCAGCUGCUGCGGGGGAAGGAGGCGGAGCUUCAGGAGGAGCUGGAUGCCGCCGCACAGGAGAAGCUCCGCCUGCAGCAGGAGCUCGGCGCCUUGCAGUCCGCGCUGAGGGAAGCAGAUGGUUCUGUUCAGAGGCUGCAGACGGAUCUGGACCAGUUGCUGCUACACAAGCUCGGUGGUUUGGACCCGGCCGGCGCCGGCCUGAGCCAUGAGGAACGGUUCUGUGAGCUGCUCAGAGAGUCCCAGCGCCAGUGCAGGGAGCUGCAGGACAGAAACGACGAGCUGCUGGAGGCCCAGAGGAGCUGCAGGAGGUCCUCCAGGCCAUCAGGGGGCACCGGCAGCCAGUGCGACGCAGCAGGCGACUCGGACAUGAGGAGCAUCCAGUCGGAGCUGGCGCUGCAGCAGCUCAAGGAGAGCCACCAGGAGGCGCUGCACCAGCUGCACAUCCAGCUGGAGACGCAGAUGAACUACUACGAGCGACAGCUGGACAUGAUGAAGCAGAACAUGGAGGUGGAGAGGAAGGACAUCUGCCAGGCCUUCAAGGUGGAGAUCAGUGAGCUGGAGGAGCAGAAGGUCCAGGUGGAGCAGCAGCUGAAGGAGGCGCUGACUCGCCUCCAGAACCAGCAGGGGGCGGGGCUUACCGCCGAGGAGCAGCGCAGGGCGCAGCGAGAGCGGGCCGAGCUGGAGCAGAACUACGCCAGAGAGAUCGGCAACCUGGUGCAGAAGCUGAGCGCUGAGAAGGAGCAGCUGGAGGCGGAGCUUAAGCUGCACACACAGCAGGAAGUGAUGCGCGUCAGGGCCCAGCUGGAGGCGGUCCGGUCGGAGAAUGCUGCUCUGCAGGAGAGGCUGAAGGUUCUGCAGCAGACAGUCCAGAACCUGGAGGAUGAGUCUGAGAAGAGGAGGAGGAGGCAGCAGGAGGUGGAGGAGGAGCGGGAGACAAGCAGAGAGGAGGAGGAGCAGCUCCACAGAGAGAACUCCCGGUACCGUGAGGAGGUUCUGGACCUGAGUGGCAGGAACCUGCAGCUCAGCAGCGACAACGGCAACCUUAGCAACCGUCUCCAUAGCGAGCAGGAGAUGGUCCGGAUGCUGCGGGAACGCCUAGCAUCCGUUACCAAGGAACAGGAAGAGGAGGGGGCUGCUGUGAGGCGGCUGGAGGCGGAGCUUAGCAAUGUGAAGGCGGAGCUUAGCAGGAUGAGGGCGGAGCUUCAGAUGGUGGCGGAGGAGAGGGAGGAGCUGCAGAAAGACCGGGAGCAGCAGAAACGCUACGCGCAGCAGCAGGCGCAGCAGCAGGCGCAGCAGCAGGCGCAGCAGCAGGCGCAGCAGCAGGCGCAGCAGCAUGUCGCCGCCCUGCAGGCGGAGGCCGAGCUGCUGGCCGCCACGCAGGAGAAGCUGGGCCACGCCCAGGAAGUGUCGGAGCUCCACAGGAAGCUGAGGGAGGCGCUCAGUAAGGUGGAGGAGCAGCAGGCAGAGGCCCAGAGGUUGAUGGAGGAGAAGGCGGAGCUCCAGCAGAACCUGCAGACCCACAGACUGACGGUCCAGAACCAGGAGCUGCAGCAGCAGAACCUGAACCAGGAGCAGCAGAACCUGAAAUCCAGAUUGGACCAGGCGGAGACGGCGCGGACACAGGCAGAGGAGCAGGCGCAGCGGGCGGAUGUGGCGCUAGGUGUGGCCAAGGCGCAGCAGCUGCGGCGGCUGCAGCAGCUGCAGGAGCAUGCGGGCGGCAGGCAGCAGCUGGAGCAGCUGCAGGCGGAGCUGCGGGCGGAGCGGGGGCGGAGCCAGCAGCGACAGGCGCAGCUGGAGCUGCAGCUGCAGCAGAGCAGAUCCCAGGCCAGCCUGAAGCAGGAACAGUUCAAUAGAGCGGAGGCGGCGCUGCAGCAGCGGGCCGCCGGCCUGGAGGCGCAGCUGAAGGCGCUGCGCAGCGUGCUGCAGGACAACGUACAGCAGCUGAAGGAGCAGAUGGAGCGGAGCAACAAGACCAGCAGUGCACUGAAGGAGCUGCACCUGCAGAAUGCGCAGCUGCUGGCGGCGCUGCAGGUCACAGAGCUGCGGCAGAAACAGGCAGAGAAGAAGAACGACCAGCUGGAGGGCAAGGUCACAGCGUUGGGGGCGCUGCUGAGGGAGGUGGUGGCCGCCGCCGUGACCUCCAGCUGACCUCUAGCUGGGAGCCGAUGACCUUCAGCAAGGAGGCAUCCAAUCAGAGCUGAGGAUCGUCCAAUCAGAGCUCACCUCCUGGCGUUUUUAGCUGCUCUGGUUCCAUUCAGACAUUUGAAGCUGAUUUUUCUCUAAAUGGAGGUUUUUUUUUUUUAUUUGUUUUUAUUUUCUUCAGAUGUUUUUCUGUCUGAAAUGAUUCAGCUUUA